AUGUACAACCUUUUUUCUUCUCACCAGAUGGUUAUAGAGGGAAGAAUUCUGGAGCAUGUGAACACGCCUCAAGGGGAAAAUAAUCAGCAGAAAUCAUCAAAAGAGAACCAGAAAACUAAUAAGGAAAAAACUUCUUCAAACCAACCGCCUGUCCAACUUCCGCACUCAACAAGUAGUAGCGGAACACGGAAAUCAAGCGGAAGUGGAUUAAAAACUGUUAAGCAAACCCGCCCAACUGCCGAAUCCUCAUCGUCAUCAUCAUCCCACCAUCAACGACGUCAACAGACUGAAAUGAACGGAACGACGACAGCAAACGCCUCUUCGGGAGGUGGUGGAACAUCAUCUGGAGCCACGACGACGUCUUCUGGAGUGCCGACAGCGUCGACUGGAGGCGGAUCAGCGAGAUAUUCGAGCAGUGGACGAUCGCAUCCGACGACUGGCGGAGGAAAAAAAGAAGGAAAUGUGUGCGACAUGGUUUCCGUCGGAAAGACUGAAAACUUUACGAAGUUUCGGGCUCUAGACUUGGUUUUAAGGUCAAUUUGA